AUCGGCUCCUAAGGAAGUCAGCAGGUACCAAGAUACGAAUAUGCAGGGAGUUGUGUAUGAACUAAACAGCUAUAUAGAACAACGGUUGGAUACGGGAGGAGACAACCAGCUACUCCUCUAUGAAUUGAGUAGCAUCAUUAAAAUAGCCACAAAAGCUGAUGGAUUUGCACUGUAUUUCCUUGGAGAGUGCAAUAACAGCCUAUGUGUGUUCACCCCACCUGGAAUCAAGGAAGGAAAACCCCAGCUGAUCCCUGCUGGGCCCAUUGCCCAGGGCACCACUAUCUCUGCUUACGUGGCCAAGUCCAGAAAAACGUUGCUAGUAGAAGACAUCCUUGGGGAUGAGAGAUUUCCAAGAGGUACUGGACUGGAAUCAGGGACUCGUAUCCAGUCUGUUCUUUGUUUACCAAUUGUCACUGCGAUUGGUGAUUUGAUCGGUAUCCUUGAGCUGUAUCGGCACUGGGGCAAAGAGGCCUUUUGUCUCAGUCAUCAGGAGGUCGCAACAGCAAAUCUUGCCUGGGCUUCAGUAGCAAUACAUCAGGUGCAGGUAUGCAGAGGCCUUGCCAAGCAGACUGAACUGAAUGACUUUCUACUCGACGUAUCAAAAACAUAUUUUGAUAACAUAGUCGCAAUAGAUUCUCUACUUGAACACAUAAUGAUAUAUGCAAAAAACCUGGUGAAUGCCGAUCGUUGUGCACUUUUCCAGGUGGACCAUAAGAACAAGGAGUUAUACUCAGACCUCUUUGAUAUCGGGGAGGAAAAAGAAGGCAAGCCCAUCUUCAAGAAGACCAAAGAAAUAAGAUUUUCAAUUGAGAAAGGGAUUGCUGGCCAAGUAGCAAGAACAGGGGAAGUCCUGAACAUUCCGGAUGCCUAUGCGGACCCACGCUUUAACAGAGAAGUAGACUUGUACACGGGCUACACCACCCGGAAUAUCCUGUGCAUGCCCAUCGUGAGUCGAGGCAGCGUGAUCGGCGUGGUGCAGAUGGUGAACAAAAUCAGUGGCAGUGCCUUCUCCAAAACAGAUGAAAACAACUUCAAAAUGUUUGCCGUCUUUUGUGCUUUAGCCUUACACUGUGCCAAUAUGUAUCAUAGAAUCCGUCAUUCAGAGUGCAUUUAUCGGGUCACUAUGGAAAAGCUGUCCUAUCAUAGCAUUUGUACUGCAGAAGAAUGGCAGGGCCUCAUGAGUUUCAACCUUCCAGUGCGUCUCUGCAAAGAAAUUGAGUUAUUCCACUUUGACAUUGGUCCUUUUGAAAACAUGUGGCCUGGAAUUUUUGUCUAUAUGGUCCAUCGGUCCUGUGGGACAUCCUGCUUUGAGCUUGAAAAGUUGUGUCGUUUUAUUAUGUCUGUGAAGAAAAACUACCGUCGGGUUCCGUAUCACAACUGGAAGCAUGCAGUCACAGUGGCCCACUGCAUGUAUGCCAUACUCCAGAACAACCACGGGCUCUUCACCGACCUUGAGCGCAAAGGACUGCUGAUCGCGUGUCUGUGUCAUGACCUGGACCACAGAGGCUUCAGUAACAGCUACCUGCAGAAAUUCGAUCAUCCUCUUGCAGCUCUCUACUCCACUUCUACUAUGGAGCAGCAUCACUUCUCCCAGACGGUGUCCAUCCUCCAGUUGGAAGGGCACAAUAUCUUCUCCACCCUGAGCUCCAGUGAAUAUGAACAGGUGCUUGAAAUCAUCCGCAAAGCCAUCAUUGCCACGGACCUGGCUUUAUACUUCGGAAACAGGAAACAGUUGGAGGAGAUGUACCAGACUGGAUCGCUAAACCUUAAUAAUCAAUCACAUAGAGACCGUGUCAUUGGUUUGAUGAUGACUGCCUGUGAUUUAUGCUCAGUAACAAAACUGUGGCCAGUUACAAAAUUGACGGCAAAUGAUAUAUAUGCUGAAUUCUGGGCUGAGGGUGAUGAAAUGAAGAAGUUAGGAAUACAGCCUAUUCCUAUGAUGGACAGAGACAAGAAGGAUGAAGUCCCACAGGGCCAGCUUGGAUUCUACAACGCCGUAGCAAUUCCCUGCUACACUACCCUUACCCAGAUCUUCCCUCCCACAGAGCCCCUCCUUAAAGCGUGCAGGAAUAACCUCAGCCAGUGGGAGAAGGUGAUUCGAGGGGAGGAGAGUGCAGUGUGGAUCUCGUCCCAACCAGUGGCCCAGGGGACCUCUGAGAAGCUGCCUGUGAAGACAGAUGACUGCUGAUGAGCUGUCCCACCUCAAGAUGCUCGUCUAGCUUCUUUGACUUUUCUUCCUUUUGUUUUUGUGGGAGGAAACCUACACCUGGUACCUGGGAUGCAAACCUCUUCAAGAAGGUAACAUCGAGUCAAUAUGUCAAGCAGAUGACUCCCUGCCAGUCUCAUCUGUAAAGCAUCAUAGACAGUGGUCAACUAGGACCACCCCAUGACCAGAAAUCAGCUGUCCACAUGACUCCAUUGGACUUGUGAACUGGCCUUUUCUAAUAGGCUAAUUUGCUGAGGCCUUAAUGGAAAUGGACAAAAAUUAUUCAGAAGGGGGUACUUUUCCAUUGUAUCUUUCUAGUGAGGGUUUAAAAUGGUACUAUUAUCAUAUUGUACUUUGGCUUUAACACCAAUGUUGCUUUGAUGUUGUUGGUUAUAAAUAGGAAUUUUUACACAUUACUGUUGUGAAUGUUCAUGUGUGACCUACUUGUAAUUAGCGUGAAUUGUAGCAGACAGCCUCAGGACACGUGUCAUCGAGGUUACGGAGUAAGAAGUGUCAUUCUGCAAUCAGUGAUGGAAAAUAGUCAGAUUCUUGUUUCAGAGCCUCAUGAAUUAAAAGUUAGGUGGACUAAAGUGUAUCCUUUAAGUUUAUACUAAAGGGCUUAGAUGAAUAAAUUUAACACUAAAGGAAGUAGAUAUUCUGUCCUCUGGAGAAAAGAUGCAGAUAUACAUCAUAAUAAAUUCAGAACUCUAAGUAUCAAUUCAAAAGAUAUCAAAGAAUAUUUUUAAAAUUUUUUUCUUCAUUGUAAUCUUGGCACAUUUACUAAACCCUUUGGAUAAAGAACAAAAUAAAAGCAAAGC